CCCAAACUAACAUAUAUCCAAGUUAUCUUGCUGACUUGACUGCUCAGAAAUGGACAGUUAAGUCGAUAAUACUGCACAAUUCUCUCAACCAAGGUCCACAGUAUUUUUCAUGUUGGACGGCUCCAACGGCAUUUCGCCUCUUCCUCUCUGACCAGGCAUCUCACUACCACCUCGGCUCUGACAAGAGCCAGGAAGGCAAUCCCUCUCUUGUUCUUAGCGCAGGUAUCUAGGCUCCAACACAGAGGAAUGCGAAUCGCCACAUUACAAUUUGCCCCCAGGGUGGGUGACGUCGAGGGCAACAUCAAACGGGCCGACGAAUUGCUGAACAGCGGUGUAAUUGGGGCCGCUCAAGCCGGCAUCGAGAGCCUGAAGCCUGACCUCCUGGUAUUGCCGGAACUGGCUCUGACGGGGUACAAUUUCCCCUCGCUGGAAGCCAUUCGGCCGUUUCUUGAGCCCGCGGGGAAGGGUGCGUCAGCCUCUUGGGCCCGCGAGACGGCUACGCGUCUCAGGUGUAAAGUUUGCGUGGGGUAUCCCGAGAUUGAAGUAGCAGCAGACGGGGAGAGUAGCGCGCAGCCGCAGGAAAAGUACUAUAAUUCCCUGCUUGUUACGUUCCUGUACUUCACGGAUGAGACGUGGGCGUCUGAAGGCUCGGCGGAGAGAGGCUUUCACAGCCUUGUCUUUAACAAUGGUUCCGCUGAAGGAGAUAUGCUAACGGCUAAGGUGGCUACGUCGUUUGGGAUAUGUAUGGAUAUCAACCCGUAUAAAUUUGAGGCGCCCUUCACGGCUUUUGAGUUCGCGAAUCGGGUCCUCGACUCCAGGUCCCAGCUGGUUAUUCUGUCGAUGGCCUGGACGACGUUUAUGAGCCGGGAGGAGCUGGAUGCCCUGGCUGAUAAGCCGGAUUUGGAUACGUUUAAUUACUGGAUACAGAGAUUUUGGCCGCUAGUCAGGCAGAAGAUGCGGCACGAUGUUGAUUUAGGAUCUGAUGGCCAGGAGGCCGGAGACGCAAAGGAAAAGAAGAUCGUCAUUGUCUUUGGGAAUAGGUGUGGAGAGGAGGGAUCGGUGCGCUAUGCGGGGACGAGCGCGAUUAUCGCUAUUACGCAGCGCCCCGGGGUGGUGCAGGAUGGCGACACUGGGGAGGAGUUACCGUUCGAUGUGAAGAUCCUUUGCUGGGAUAUACUGGGUGCGACGACAGAGGGUAUCUGCUUUGCUGAUACUACAGCUGACCCGAAGACGGUGUUUGGGUUGGUUAAGAGGUCGCAGGCGUGAGGGUUGCAGCUUUUUUUGUCGCGCUAAGGUAUACAAUCUGGGGUAUUUGACGGUGUACAUGAUGAGACAUCUACUGUUGAGCAUUGGCGAGAAAGACUUUCACAUUGGUCAAAUGCUUUCGACUCUGACUGCUCGAUUUGUUGGACUACUUGACGCGAUAUCAAAAAUGUCGAAUCUACGCACCAAUCUCUGCAUAUCUGUUUCUCUUUUGAUGCGAAGCUGCCCGAGGAGUCGAUAGGGUUAACCUUGCCACAACCGGCAGCAAUCAUGUGAGCGGUUGAUAAUAAU